AUGGGGCGCCUCGUGAAGAAGAGCGAGGCGCGCGGGGAUAUCGCCGGGAAGCAAGGCACGCUCUUCGGGUUCCUCACGUCGUCGCGCAAGCCCCUGGUGGACGUGAACGACAAGGUCGCGCCGUCGGCGCGCGGCGACGGCGACGAGAAGAAUCCGGCGACGGACGCGGGCGACGUCCCGUCCUCCUUCGCGCGCGUCGUCGCGCGCGCGCCGCCGCUCGCGAGGGACGACGAUCGCCGCGAGGAUGACCCCGCGGAAGACGACGCGAGCGCGCGGCUCGCGAUGCGCCCGCCGCCGCGCAUGGCGGACGCGCUCGUGAAGAUGGAGCGCGCGAUCGAGGGCUGGGGAAGACUGUUCGCGUCCCAUCGACGCGCGCGGCAUCGCGACGACGCGGACGCGCUCGCCGCGUCCAACGCCGCGCGCGUCGCGUCGUCCGUGUCUUCACUGUCGUCCGCGUCGUACGAGCACCGCGUCGCCGCGGUCGCGUCCGCGCGGUGGCAGCGCGCGGGCGCUCGGUCGUGCAUCGCCCAUCGAUGCCUGCGCGCGCGGGAGUCGCACCCGUCGUCGACGCGGCCGCGCGCAUCCGGCCUCUCGCUCGGCAGAGAGACGGACGCGCGCGCGCCCGGCGGCGGCGCGGGCGGCAAGCGCGCGCUCGAGAUGACCGCGCACGCGCUGAUGUUCGACGCCGUGAGAGAGCUGGGCGUGUGCCACCUCCCGCGGGACCCGCGCGAGACGGACGCGGCGCAGACGUCGUCAGCGGGCGACCCGGUGGCGUCGUGCGCGUACUCGCCGAACGGCGGGACGCACCUCGCGGUGGCGACCGCGCGCGGGCUGCUGUGCGUGCAGCGCGCGGAUACCGUGCGCGUCAGCGAUGGGGAGCUGUACGAGCCUUCGUUCGCGAGGAGAGGGCUCGGGAGCGGCGGGAUCGGACGAGCCGGGAGCUCGCUGAGUUCCAUCGCGUGGGGCGGCGGAUCAGGCGGCGUCGCCGCCGUCAGCGGCGACUCGAACGCCGUUGAAGUCUUCGACGUGUGCGUCGGCGUGACGAAGCGCACGUUCUCGAGCGCGAAUCAGAUGGGCAGCGGCAGCGUGGGCGACGCCACCGGUCUGUUGGACGUGUGCUUCGUCGGCGACGGCGGGGACAAGGUGCUCGCGUCCGGUCGCCGCGGACGCGCGUUCCUCUGGGACGAGCGGUCCUCGGGCGGGCGCCCGCGCGCGGAGCUCGCGUGCGGCGGCAGCGACCACCGAUCGCAGAUACACGUCGUCCGCGCGUCCGCGGACGGGCACACCGUGUUCGCGGGCACCGAAGGCGGGUUCGUCCACGUGUGGGACUUGCGGGCGGGAGCCAAGGCGAAGGCGGCGGCGUUUAGCCUCGCGACGCAACAAAAAGUGUCCUACCCGCUCUUGAAGUCGAUCGACAUCGCGUCGCUCUUGAACGACGUCCCGAUGCUUCGCGACGGCCCGAGAGGGAAGGUCACGCGGAGCGCGGUGUACUGGUGCGAGCAAGACCCGCUGGAUCCGCGUCGGUUGGGGUUCCACCUCAGGAGCGGGGUGUCCGGCGUGAUCGACCUCGCCGCGGUCGGCGGCGCGCGCGUCUCGCACGCGCACUGCCCGCCGUCGCCGUGGACGAUCGCGGAGGACGGCGCGACGGUCGUGGCGUCGGAGAUGUACGACGCCAACGCGCUGCGGCAUAGGAGGACCGCGGCGUGGGUGGUGAACGCGUCGAGCGGCGCCGGGUGCGCCGCGCUCGCGGUCGGCGCCGCGGGGACGCGCGGGUUGAAAUUUUUGGACGUCAGCCCGUCGCCGACGGCGCGGCAUUGGGUCCACGGCGUCACCGCGGAGGACGUCGACGCGGACGAGUCCGCGGAAGCGGCGAGGAUGGAGAGAGAGAUGUUCUCGGAGAUGGAGGAGAAGAAGCUCGCGGGCGGGGGGAACGCGAUGGACGCGGAGCUCGCGAUGGACGCGGGGCGUCGACGUCGACGCGACGGACGCGGACGGUGGUGGCGGGACGAUCCGAUCGAGCUCUCGGGGCCCGCGUUCGCGGUCGCCGCGCACCCGAACGAGCUGGGGACGAUCGCCGCGGGGUCGUGGGGGUCGAUGUGUCUCCUCGGGCACCGGUGA